AUGAAUUUAACAUAUAUACCAACAGAUUGUCCAUCUAACACAACACAUUUAUAUUUGUCUAAUAAUAAUCUGGACUUUAUAUCAAGGAAAGCUUUCACUAAAUAUCCACAGCUUAGAUAUCUGGAUUUAAGUGAUGGUCAUGUGACAUCAAUCGACACAUCAGCGUUUGAUAAUUUAACACAUUUAAAAGAACUGAGUUUAUUUAAUAAUCCAAUGAAAACUUUCGUACGGAAUGUAUUUGCACCACUAGAUAAACUGCAAGUACUUCAUAUAUCACAUGACUUACUGUCAACGUAUCCAAGAGAAUCGUGGGCGGAUGUUUUACAUUUAACGAACGUGUUGACUUAUGGUGGACCGUCAAAUGGAUCAUUUGCAGAGAUAUUUUCUGCCAUGAAGAGUCUGAAGUAUUUACAUAGUGAAAUUCAAAUGCAUGUUCUGUGUGACAGUAUGUUUCAUGUCUUUGAUAAAACGCCAUUAAAAUAUCUAGAGAUAAAAGGUAAAUUAAUGACAAUAGAAAAAGAUACUUUUUCACCUUUACGAUUUCUGUCUAGUCUUGUUAUUCCAAAUGCACGUUUCCUUAAAAUGUCAAAUACUUUGCCAGCUUUGCACGUGUUUCAAAAUAGACAAAUGGACGAACUAAAUUUAAACAAUAAUUUUAGAGUACACGGUGAAUUCAUUAUAACAACUGAUUUAUUUACAUAUAUCGGUAACAUUUGUGUAAAGAAAUUAUCCUUGACCUUCAAUGGCAUACUAAUGAUAAAUGCCGACGCAGUUCAGAAGAUGAAAUACAAACAUUGUCUGGAGAGUUUAAACUUAAGUAACAAUGACUUUGAUUUUCACCAGCUGUUAACAAUAUGGUUUUUCAAUUUGUUUACACAUCUGAGGACAUUAGACAUAUCGGAUAACAACAAUCAGUUUAGUCAAAAUAAAGUUAAGAUAGAUUGGAUUAAACAUACACGUGAUAAUAAUGAUCGAUCUGAUAAUAAAUCCUUUAAAAUCAUUCCCUCAUAUUAUCCUCCAGAUAUUGUAUUAUGGUUUCCUUCGACACUUGAAAUCUUGAACAUAUCUUGUAUCAACGUAGUAGGGAACCCAAUCAACAGCUUUACAUUGAAAGGAAUAAAAAACCUGCAAAUAAUUGAUUCAGCAUACUCUUCAUUGUUUGACUGCAAUUACACAAUAUAUGGACUUCAGAACGUGUUUAUACUUAAUGUUUCACAUUUCAAAUGCGGACUUUUAAAUCACAACCUUCUACAAUCUGCUGUCAAUUUAAAACAGUUGAUAAUGCAAAGCUCUUCACUUAGUUUCGGCCUAAAGGAUGAUCACCACAGUCAAUUCCUCCAAGGACUCAAAGAUUUACAGUAUAUAGACUUUUCAAGAAAUGAAUUUGAAGACCGAUUCAGAAUUUCAACAUUUAAAAGUCAAUUUGAUAGUUUGCAAUCUUUGAUACUUGAAGGAAAUUUAUUCACAAGUAUUCCAUUAUGUCUGGAAGACUUUAACAUAUUACGUUUUCUAAAUAUUAGAAACAACAAGAUAGCCUACUUGACAACUGAAGAAAUUGACGCCAUUGAAGUGCUAUUUGAAAAAUCAAAUAGAACAAUGACAGUCUUAUUGGAGGGCAACCCUCUUGUGUGUACUUGUGCUUCGUUAGAUUUUGUAGAAUGGUUAUUUACUACUAAAGUGAAACUUGACAGCAAUGGUAGUUAUUUGUGUGUCGAAAAAGAUGGAAAUAUUACAACAACCAAUUUCGUUUACAAUCACUUGCGAAUUAUGAGAAUAAGAUGUAUUACUAUAGUAUGGUUAAUUUUUUCUGCAACUUUAUUUGGUGUGCUUCUUUUAUUCAUUCUAGUUGGGUAUCGUUACAAAAUGCACCUACAAUACUUUUGUUUAUUUAUCGGAAUGGCCAAUCCUCUUUUCCGGGAGCCAAAAGAAGAAGGACUUGAAUAUGAUGCAUAUGUAGCUUAUUGCGACGGAGACUAUAAAUGGGUUUAUGGACCUUUGCGCUUAUUUCUCGAAGAGAGACGGAAUUAUAAACUUCUUUUGUUAGAUAGAGGAGAUGUCCUUGCUGGAGAACAUAGACUUUUUGCUUUAAACAAUUCAAUUCCAAAAUGCAAAAAGAUAAUCUUAGUGAUUUCAAAAGAGUUUGUUAACAAUGAUUGGGCAUACUAUGAAGCUACUGUUGGAAUUGAACAUUUUCUGGGAUUACAAGCAAGAAUAAUUGUUAUAAAUCUGGAAAAUAUAACCAAAACAGAAAUACCGCAAUGUGUUCUUCAAAUGAUGUCAUUGGACGCCAACGAUCAUAUUCGCAAAACAGACACAUUAAAUGAAAAUAACAUUUUCUGGAAAUGUUUAGAUCAAGCAAUGCAACGUUAA